AGAAUAAUUGUAUUGUGUUCAUGAUGGUUGAAUCGCCACGUGGAAAGGUUGCCACAAGUCAUAUGACGAUGUACCGAAAUGAAUGUAGUGAAAUUGAUACGCAAAGAAAAUGACUAUUAUGGUGUUCGUCUGGUGCCUGAUGAAACUACAUAUUCACAGCCUAAAAGUUACGGGAACACGUACGUAUAUGUCCAACAAGAUCAAGCUUUCCUGUAUUGUAGCUGUCGUAGAGGCAUUGUCUUAGUAACCAGCCGUUGCUAAAAACGCCAAGCCUGACGAACCACGGGGAUAUCAAAGUCUGUUCUUCUUAGUUCAACUAGGACGAGAAUCCCCGACAAGAUUGAGGGAAGCAGCAUAAAUUCACCUGCAAGUUAUGAGCCGUGUGAGAAGGAUCCGAUACAAGCGCCGCAUUGCGUUGCGUUGCCACUUUGGUGAUUUGGUAAUAACUCAGAUGGUCACUGUUGGUGUUGGGGAGUAUACAAAUAACGAGGAACCUAAAGUUUGUGGCUUGUACUGAAGUAUCGCCACCUGGUUUUUUUACAAGGUUGGAAAUGAAAGUAGGUGCGCUGAUUACUUUCGAACAUAAUUGUAAACUUACUAUACAGCAGAUCGAAACGAAGCUAUAGCGACACUAUGUGCUGGUCCCAUUCUUUCAUUUGUAGACGCUAUUAUCCGGAUCUGAUUUCGUGCAGGUAUUUAAUAUAUUUAUGUACUCACUCGCCUGUAGGAGAUGACUCCGAGGAGUUGGAACGUG